AUGAAUAGUACUAAAACGGAUGUACUCUGCGGGUGGACCUCUGACUACCCUGUGGGAGAGACACAUUUCAUAGUGCUUGUAUGUUCCAUCAUUGUUUUGGGAGGAUUUUUGAAGUCAUAUAUAAAGAAUUCUGAAGUCAUUGUCUUGUCGAUUCUUUCGCUGUCAGGAUUUGUCCUAGGGCAACUGGCCUAUAGGUUUGUUAAGAUUCACAAAUUCGUCUACCCUCUUCUGAGCACAUCAAGUUUUUCACUUUAUUGUUAUUUUUUACCUAUAAUUAUGUUUGUGGCUGCUUUGGACAUGGACUUUUAUGUACUUAAGAAUGAGUUUUGGCAGGUCUUGUUAAUUGGAUCAAUUAGCUGUUGUGUGUCCGUUGCUGCAACUGGAUAUGUAGCUCUGAAAUUAAAUAAAGAAAUGUGGGAUUCACAAUCUUCUGUACUCUUUGGCAUCACCCUCACCAUUAUAGAUCCUCUUCAUUCUGUGAAUUCACUGAAAACUAUCGGUGUUUCCAAAAUGUUUAUUAAUACUGUUAGAGGAGAAUCAUUGAUCAUGUGUAGCAUCACAUUCAUUGUCAUUGGAUUUUUUCGGGCCACCACAAUUCACAUUAACAUAUUUGAGGACUUAGAUGCACUCCUGACUCUCUCCUUGCAAAUUUUUGGAGGCAUAAUAUGUGGAUAUCUUUGUGCAAGAAUCAUUCAGUUUAUACUGAUUGACCUUUUAAGCAAUACAUUGAGUAAUGUCAUCCUCUGCUUUUCAAUGGUGUACAUGACUUUCUACAUUGCGGAAGUUUUUGGAACAUCAGGCAUUAUUGCUUUAAUCACUGUAGGACUGAAUUUAGAUUCCUUAAGUUUUAAACCAAGGAUCGAGUUAGUAAUUACCAAGUUCUUAAUAAUGUUUUCAUCUGUAUACCAUCAAUUAAUAUACACCUUUUUUGGCAUUGUGAUUGGAUGUGGAGAGAUCAAGAAAUUUAAGUUUCACAACAUAGUUUUCAUUUUCAUUUCAUUUGUCAUUUUGAACAUUGUAAGAUUGGUUAUUAUGGUGUUAGUGAGCCCUGUUAUCAUGCAUUCAAGUUAUAAAAAUAGUUGGAGAUGGGGAGUCAUUAUCUCAUGGUCUGGAAUUAAAGGAGUUUUGAACUUACUCUUGGCUCCUGAGGUUUAUAAUCUGGCUGAAACAAAAAUAAGGUCACCACACAUGUGUAUACUCUAUGUUCAAGUGAUAUCAUUAUUGACUAUGGGAAUAAAUUCAUACAUGAUGAUUCAAUCUGCCAGGACAUUAGGUUUGGGUUCUAGUUCUCUCCCGAGACAAAUAGCCAUGCAAAAUGCCAUUGAGCACAUACGGGAGAUAAUACAGAACACGAUAACGUUAUUUAAAACAGAGAAAAUUUUGGCGAAUGUUAAUUGGACCCUAGUAGAAGAAAAAGCCAAUAUUGAAUACACCAUUCCUUUCUCCCAUGUUUCACAUAAAAAGGAGAAGUUCCCAACAGAUGAAGACUUAAUAGAAGAAGCCAGAUUGCAUGUAGCUGUAAUACAAAUGAGUAGCUUUGAAAAACAGUGUAAUGAUGGACUCCUCAGUGUAGCAGCAGCCCAGAUACUAAUUGGUGCAACCAAAAGCUGUUGCCCCAUCCGAGGAAAAUUCAUGAGUAUUUAUGAUGUUUCAACUUAUGUAAGAGCUAGAAGUUGGCUUAUGAAAUUUAAAACCAUCUUAACUAUCUUGGAAUAUCAUAAAGAAAAGCCACUUUAUAUUCCAUCUGAGAAUAAUAAAUUUUCAUUUAUUAUAUAUCACACUGUCUUUUCAGAAGAAUUUGAGUAUGCUCAAUAUAUUAUAACAUUAAUAUAUAUUUAUCCUAUGAUAGUGCAUUUAUGGCAAAUGGCAAGAGAAUUAAAUGUAACAGCACUGAUAUCAAUAAACUACUAUUUUAUGCUUUUAUAUAUAUUACAAACAACGUUUAAGAUAAUGAUUUUGAAAAGGAAAUAUUUUCAACAAUGUUGGAAUACUCUGGAAUUUCUUAUCAUGGCAGUUGGACUAGUUGAUAUCUUUUGUAUAUACUCUGUCAGAUUGAGACCAGAAAACUUGAUUCUUAUUCAGAUUACAAUAAUAUUAGGAUAUGUCAGAAUGAUUAGGUUUCUUCCUAUCAUCAAGGUAACAAUACCGGUCCUGAUAAAUAUUGUAGAUGUGCUAAUUAAAAAGCGCCUCAGCUUGAUGUAUAGUAUCACAAAAGGCUAUGUAAAAAGUCAAGAGGCAACCAAACUUUUAAUUAAACAAAUUUCUAGCCGAGAAUCAAUAUAUCAGAAAUUGUAUGACAUUUUGGAAACCAACAGGCGAGAUGCCAUGAAAGAACUAGGACACAUAGAGCAUGAGGGGCGUGAUGUUGUCAUCGCUUUGAAGUCUAAGCAAGCAAUCCAGAAUGUGAUUUGUAAAGCUCAGAAAAACCUUACCUUCCUUUGGUCAAGAGGUAUUAUUGAUAAACAUGAAGGCAUCGAAAUAAAUAAGGUACUUCUUAAAAAAAUAAAAGCACUGAAUAAUUUUCCAGUGGCAAUCCCACCUCCUACUCCUGACAAAUAUCUUCAUAACAUCAUUUGGCUGGAAAAUAAAGAGAUUCUCACUGAUUUUUUCAAGAAAAAAGCCAAACUUGCAUGUUUUGAUUAUGGAGAUAUCAUAUACAAAGAAGGAGAAAUGCCUCAAGGAAUCUACUUAAUUAUUUCAGGAAUGGCAAUUUUGCGUGGUUCACCUCCUUCCUUUGGAACAGACAAUACCCUAAAGCCUGACAGGGAAUCCAAAGCUAUGUUUACAGAGUUCUGCACUAGUGGGGAUAUAAUCGGGGAGUUGAGCUGUCUGCUUAAGCGUGAAAGUGAAUAUACUGCCAUUUGUGAAACUACUUUACAAGCCUGCUUCAUCUCCCUGGAGGAUUUAUAUGAAGGCUUUGAUGUCUUCUGGCCAUCUCUGGAAUAUAAAAUAUGGCUAAAGCUGGCUCUCCAUACUGCUUCUCAGUACUUUGAAUCAAGUCUCGUUGAUGAGGACUUAACAUUUCAGAAGUGUGUGGAAUCCAACCAUGCCUAUGUGGAGACUUUAUCAAGCUAUAAUGAAAUGAUAAUUGAUAAGGUGACCAUAAAAUUUGUUAUUAUUGUGUAUGGCAGUGUAAUUGAUAUGAAGACAGAGAAGCACUAUUUUGCCCCUUUUAUGAUACCUAAAAGCUGUGAGCAGCUUCAGGGGACUUCAGAGUUAAGCAAGUUGCUGAUUAUCUUAGCAUCUGAACCUGCCAACAAUGUUAAUAAUAACACCACAGUCACAGUAUUUGGAUUGGCCUAG